AUGUCGUCCAAGUCGUGUAAGAGUGUUCCUGGACCCGUCGGUCCACCUUGUGGGGAGCAGAUCAGCAUGGCGGAACGCGGCUGCCAGUCGGACAGAUCGGAUUGUACCUGUUCCCUCCACACAAAGCACAGCGGAUCUGAUAUUAAGGGAAAUGGCCAUGUCUAUGAUACUGGGCUGCAGGCCCAUGACAACUUAUGCUAUGAGUAUGGAAGUGAAACUGACCUUUACCUGCCAUCCAAAGCGACGGACAGGGCAACCUUCCGUCUCCUGGCUCGGCCGGAGGGCCAUCUGCAGGCUGUGGAGAGCAGGAUCCGCGGCCUCAGAGGAGUCCUUACUGUCUCUUUGUCCUUGGCCAGUGGUUUGGCCAAGGUGAACUACGAUACCUCAGCUGUGACCGCCAGACAGAUUGCCCUGGAAUUCCAGGCUGCAGGAUGCGGUGUGGAGUCUGCGGUGAAGAUGUGCGUGGAUGGGAUGACCUGCCGGUCCUGUGUGCAGUCCAUCGAGGGGCAGGUGGGCUCGCUGGCAGGAGUGCUGGAUGUUCAGGUGUCCCUUCAAGAAGGCACGGCAAUGGUCAUAUUUCAACCGCUGACGGUAACACCGGAGCAGCUGAGGGAGAAGAUAGAGGAUAUGGGCUUUGGUGCUACUUUAGUAGAAGAAGAUCUAUCUGAGUCACACGUUGGGUACUGGCAAAGAGACGUGUCUGCCAUCUCCGGUUCUCUGACACAGAAUGUGACCAUUAGGAUUUUGGGAAUGACUUGCAGCUCUUGUGUGCAAACCAUUGAGGGGAAGAUCUCUCAGAUGCCCGGCGUCCGAUCAGUCGUGGUGUCAUUAAAAGAGGAAAAGGGAAGUCUGACCUUUGACCCCAGUCUCACAACACCUGAGCAGCUCAGGGAUGCGGUGGAGGACAUGGGCUUCCAGGCAUCACUCGAUGGACCUGGUUUUGCAGAUACUAUCCAAAGUCAUGACAAGUCCAGACCUCCUCCUCCCUGCGUCUCCUCAGAGCCUCUGUCUCAUCCAUCUCACCCGCAGCUGCACCACAAGGCGGCACGCAGCAAUGGAGGCAAAUCAAAGAUGGCUGCCACGAGUUUUCACCCCGACCCUCCUGGGAUCAAGGUAGAAAAAUGCUUCAUUCGGGUUACAGGCAUGACCUGUGCCUCCUGCGUGGCCAACAUCGAAAGAAAUCUCCUGAGACACAGAGGCGUCAUCUCGGUUCUGGUCGCUUUAAUGGCUGGAAAAGCAGAGGUGAAAUAUGAUUCAGACGUCAUCAACCCAGCCGCUGUGACUCGGCUCAUCGAGGGUUUGGGAUUUGGUGCUACACUGAUGGAAGACAGUGCAAUAACCGAUGGGAAACUGGACCUCACUAUAACGGGCAUGACGUGUGCAUCAUGCGUGCACAACAUCGAGUCCAGGCUCCUCAGGACCAGAGGGAUCCUCGGGGCCUCAGUCGCUCUGUCCACUAAAACAGCUCACAUCCAGUUUGACCCCGAAAUGCUCGGCGCUCGAGACAUCAUCAGAAUCAUCGAGAGCAUGGGCUUCAGGGCCAGUCUGUUGAAAACAGCCUUCAGAAACAACCUCGACCAAACAGAGGAGAUCCAACAAUGGAAGAACUCCUUCCUGUUCAGCCUGGUGUUUGGCCUGCCGGUGAUGGGCCUGAUGAUCUACAUGAUGGUGAUGGACAGCCUCAGCAGCCAUCAUGGUGGCUCCAUGCCUGUGGAGCAGAACCUGCUGCCGGGCCUCUCGCUCUUCAACCUGGCCUUCUUCCUGCUCUGCACACCUGUCCAGGUCUUCGGAGGUCGGUACUUCUACAUCCAGGCAUAUCGUUCUUUGAGACACCGCACGGCCAACAUGGACGUUUUAAUCGUGUUGGCCACUUCCAUCGCCUACAUUUACUCCUGUGUGGUUCUGAUUGUGGCGAUGGCUGAGCGGGCUGACCAGAGCCCUGUCACCUUCUUUGACACUCCUCCCAUGCUGUUCGUCUUCAUCGCCCUCGGACGGUGGCUGGAGCACAUUGCAAAGCGUAAAACCUCAGAAGCUUUGGCCAAGUUAAUGUCCCUGCAGGCUUCAGACGCCACCGUGGUCACGUUGGGCCCCAAUCAGGCUGUCAUCAGUGAGGAGCAGGUGCUGGUCGAGCUGGUGCAGCGCGGCGACGUGGUGCGCGUGGCGCCUGGAGGAAAGUUCCCCGUGGAUGGUAAAGUGAUUGAGGGGACAUCCAUGGCCGACGAGUCCCUCAUCACAGGUGAGCCCAUGCCUGUUCGCAAGCGCAUGGGCAGCUCAGUGAUCGCUGGGUCCAUCAACGCCCACGGCACCCUGCUGGUGGAGGCCACCCAUGUCGGAGCAGACACCACACUCUCUCAGAUAGUCAAACUGGUGGAGGAAGCCCAGACCUCCAAGGCUCCUAUCCAGCAGUUUGCAGACCGGAUCAGUGGCUACUUUGUACCGUUCAUAGUCAUCAUUUCCUUGCUAACAUUGGUGGCUUGGCUGGCGAUUGGGUUUGUCAACUUCGACAUUGUGAAGGAGAACUUCCCGGGCUACGAUUCCAACAUCUGCAAGACGGAAGUCAUUGUGCGCUUUGCUUUCCAGGCCUCCAUCACAGUUCUGUCCAUUGCAUGCCCCUGCUCUCUGGGGCUGGCCACCCCAACCGCUGUCAUGGUGGGCACAGGGGUCGGAGCUCAAAACGGCAUCCUCAUCAAAGGAGGAGAGCCACUGGAGAUGGCCCACAAGAUUGGCGCCGUGAUGUUCGAUAAGACCGGCACGAUAACGCACGGCGUGCCACGGGUGACACGCGUGUUGGUGCUGUGGGAGAUGGCACGCAUGCCUCUGAGGAAGAUCCUGGCGGUGGUCGGGACGGCGGAGGCCAGCAGCGAGCAUCCGCUGGGCAUGGCCGUCGUCAAACACUGCAAGGAGGAGCUGGGCUCAGACGUGUUGGGCCUCUGUCAGGAUUUCCAGGCAGUGCCCGGCUGUGGGAUCAGCUGCUGUGUGUCCGGUGUGGAGCAGCUCCUCCAGCUGAAGGAUGAGGAGCACAUCCAUCGGGAUGGAACGACCACGGACGAGAGCAGCCUGCUUCCCGACGCCGCUGUCCCACCUCUGGGCGAUGGCGUGUCCUACUCGGUCCUUAUCGGGAACAGGGAGUGGAUGAGGAGGAACGGCCACCACAUCGGAGCGGAUGUGGACGCCGCCAUGUCCAGCCACGAGACAAAAGGGCAGACAGCCAUCUUGGUCGCCAUUGAUGGAGCACUGUGCGCCAUGUUGGCCAUCGCAGACACGGUGAAGCCGGAGUCAUUGCUGGCAGUUCAUACACUCAACAGUAUGGGCAUCGAGGUGGUAAUGAUUACAGGAGACAACAGGCGCACAGCCAAAGCCAUAGCUGCACAGGUUGGCAUCAGAAAGGUGUUUGCAGAGGUGCUGCCAUCUCAUAAGGUGGCCAAGGUCCAGGAGCUGCAGGACAGGGGUCUGCGGGUGGCCAUGGUGGGCGACGGUGUCAACGACUCGCCAGCCCUUGCCCGUGCUGACAUCGGCAUCGCCAUCGGGACGGGCACUGAUGUGGCUAUUGAGGCGGCGGAUGUGGUCCUCAUCAGGAACGACCUGCUGGAUGUGGUGGCUAGCAUCGAGCUGUCAAAGAAGACGGUGCGGAGGAUACGGAUCAACUUUGUCUUUGCUCUCAUCUACAAUCUCCUAGGAAUCCCCAUCGCGGCAGGUGUGUUUAUGCCAGCUGGCCUGGUCCUGCAGCCAUGGAUGGGUUCGGGUGCGAUGGCCGCCUCCUCCGUCUCUGUUGUUCUCUCCUCCUUACUGCUGAGAAUGUACAGGAAGACGUCGAUGGAGUUGUAUGAGCUUCGUGCCCGCGGCCUCAUGAAGAGCCUGCCGUCCUCUCAAAUCAGCACCCACCCGCCGCUUGAUGGCCACCGCCGGGGCCCGACUCCUCUGUCCGGCGGACGGGAACUACAUGGGGCUGCGGUGCCCUCUACUGCCGCCACCUCAGACCGGCUGUCCAGCCGAGGCUCGCCCGCCAGAUCCACACAGGGCAAGGGCCACUUCUGGUUUCUGGGCCGCCGGCCCGUGGAGGACCUAGUGGUUUGAUGAAAGGGAAAGCUGAAAACAGACCACGUGUGACCUUUGACUUGCAGCACGCAGACUUCAUGUUUAAAUUCAUCUGAACACAAACAGCCGAUGGACAGACAUGAGCCUUUUUCUGGUUUCCGGCUGAAUUUGAGGGAUUUUGUAUCAAACAUGUCAAAUCACAUGAGGCUGGUUAUGAGCUGAGACUCAUCAACUUUAACCUCUUUCCCCCCCCCUUUUUUUUCUCCUCAAUUGCAUCCAGCCAAUUACCCCACUCUUCUGAGCCGUCCCGGUUGCUGCUCUGCCCCCUCUGCUGAUCCGGGGAGGGCUGCAGACUACCACAUGCCUCCUCCAAUACAUGUGGAGUCACCAGCCGCUUCUUUUCACCUGACAGUGAGGAGUUUCACCAGGGGGACGUAGCGCGUGGGAGGAUCACACUGUUCCCCCUCCCCACUGAACAGGCACCCCGACUGACCAGAGGAGGCGCUAGUGCAGUGACCAGGACACAUACCCACAUCCGGCUUCCCACCCGCAGAUACGGCCAAUUGUGUCUGUAGGGAUGCCCGACCAAACCAGAGGUGACACGUGGAUUCAAACCAGCGAUCCCUGUGUUGGUAGGCAAUGGAAUAGACCACUACGCUACCCGGACACCCCAAAUUUAACUUCUUGAAUAAAUUUUAUACAUCCUUCUUUCCAGCAGGCAAAUCUUGUCUUUUUUCCCAGCAGUGAUGUUAAGUCAGGGAGUCAGACUACAGGAAUGCUUCCGUAAUGGGAAAAUCCUCGCUGACAUACAUGUGAUCAGUCACAAGGACUUUAAACAGGAAUACGUUUAACAAAAAAAUUAUUCAAAAUCCCCUUGUUAUGUGACAGGAGCAAUGUAACUAUAAAUCUGUUUGUAAGACUAAAAACAAAUGCAUGAUGGGAAGAGACAUGUGGGUGAGAUAACUGCUGUUCACAUGGUAAAACAUUACAACCAGUCUGGGUGUGUUUGAUUUGUAUAAAACUCCUUCCUUCCCAAAAUGUCAACAUAAAUGAAAGCUCUUCAUACGUUUUCCAGGCCGGUUAGAAAGUUGGAGCGCUGCUUCAUUCUCUAACGUAUAGCAGAUAAAGGUCACUGUGGACACCGAGGACGUGUUGGAGAAGUGAGACUGUUUUCAUCAGAGGGACUUAACUCGCAGACGAGUUGCAGCUGCUGCUUCACUGCAAAUGUUGUAUCAUGCUCUACAUGUGAACUGGGAAUCCUCGGGAAAGCUCGCAAUGAUUUUAUUUUGCAUUCAGACUGGAAAUCUUAAUUGUAAAUCAGCUGUUCAGAAGUUGAGAUCUCUGCAAGCACAAACAAAGACUGACUCUUUUACAUUCAUGUUUUUCUCUCUCUGGCCGUCAUGAGGACAGGUUUAUACAGCUCCGGAUGUUCACACGGCGGUCCGUCGUUUGUAUGUUUGGUUGGAUUCAGAUCUCUGGAAGCGUCUGAAUGAUGCUGCAACGCUCAUGAGACACACGCCAUCUAACACGCCGCUGUCCAGAUGAACGUCACCAGCAAAGGUACCAACCAAAGAACUGUUCAAAAAAGUCAAUUUGGACAGAGAUAUGUCUGUGUUCACAUGUGUGUUUACUGGUUUAUAUUUACAUCCGAUAUAAAGAUCUGUCAG